GGUCCGGGCCCAGAUGGGCGAGCGCGGGGGCAGCGCGGGGGCCGCGGCCCCGGGGGGCGACAGCGGGGGAACCCCGAGCCCCGCCGGGGGGAACGGGGGGACCCGCAGGCGCCGGGGGGGACCCCCGAAACCCGAACCCGCCUCGGCACACGGCGACAGCUCCGAUGACCCCGCCGGGGACUUCAGGUGUCACAAGGUGCAGGAGUCUCUGCUGAGCUCGGCCAGCGGUUACAGCAACUACCGGGGGGUGCUCAACUGGUGCGUCGUGAUGCUGGUGCUGAGCAACGCGCGGCUCUUCCUGGAGAACCUCAUCAAGUACGGUAUCCUGGUGGACCCAAUCCAGGUGGUCUCGCUGUUCCUCAAGGACCCCUACAGCUGGCCCGCCCCCUGCCUCAUCAUCGCCGCCAACGCCUUCGCCGUGGUGAGCCUGGCCCUGGAGCGACGGCUGGCACAGGGUUCGCUGUCGGAGGCGGCGGGGGCGGCGCUGCACUCGCUCAACCUGCUCAGCAUCCUCUGCUUCCCCGCGGCCGUGGUGCUGCUGCUGCCCUCUGUCACCCCGGUGGGCGCCGUCUUCGCUCUGGCCAUCUACACCAUCCUCUUCCUCAAGCUCUUCUCCUUCCACGACGUCAACAAAUGGUGCCGGGAGCGCCCCAGAUCCCCCCCAAAACCUCCCCAGGGGGGGGCUGAAGGUAUUGGGGGGCUCUGGGAGGGAUUUGGGGGGACCCCCGACUCAAUUUGGGGGUUCACGGGGGUGUCCCCAGCCCGCAGGGCCAACGGGGACGUGGCCAGGGGAGAGAUCAGCUACCCUGAGAACCUGAGCUACCGCAACCUGUACUAUUUCCUGCUGGCCCCCACCCUUUGCUAUGAGCUGAACUUCCCGCGCUCCCCCCGCCUGCGGAAGCGAUUCCUGCUGCGGCGCCUCUGCGAGAUGCUUUUCUUCACCCAGCUGUUGGUGGGGCUGAUCCAGCAGUGGAUGGUUCCAACGAUCCAGAAUUCCAUGAAACCUUUCCGGGACAUGGAUUAUUCCCGGAUCAUUGAGCGCCUCCUGAAGCUGGCAGUCCCGAACCACCUGAUCUGGCUGAUUUUCUUCUACUGGUUCUUCCACUCGUGCCUGAACGCCGUGGCCGAGCUGCUGCAGUUCGGGGACCGGGAAUUCUACCGGGACUGGUGGAAUUCGGAAUCCGUCACCUAUUUCUGGCAGAACUGGAACAUCCCCGUGCACAAAUGGUGCCUCAGGCACUUUUACAAGCCCAUGCUGAGGAGGGGAGUCAGCAAGUGGACGGCCCAGGCCGCCGUGUUCUUGGCCUCCGCCUUCUUCCACGAGUACCUGGUGAGCGUCCCCCUGAGAAUGUUCCGGCUCUGGGCCUUCAUGGGCAUGGCAGCACAGAUCCCGCUGGCCUGGUUGGUGUCGCGGUUCCUGCGGGGUCCCUACGGGAACGCGGCCGUGUGGAUGUCGCUGAUCCUGGGCCAGCCCAUCGCCGUCCUCAUGUACGUGCACGACUACUACGUGCUCAACUGCGAGCCCUGACACCCCAAAACACCCAAAACACCCCAAAAACACCCAAAACCACCCCAAAAACAC